CAAUUUUGAAAUGUUGCACAAUAUUUAUUCAGAUUUGCCCAAAAUAAAGUGGUCAAAUUCGGUAAAUUGAAAUUUGACAAAAGGGGAAAAGGAAAAUUAACAUUUUUACCACUGUUGAAAAAUCGCUCUUAAAAACUGUUACAGCAUACUUCAGAUUUUUGUAGCCUAUUCGUAUGCAUAAAGUGCAAAAAGCAGGGAGAGACAUUUGCUGUGCCACUGAGUGGUCGUCACGCUCUAUAUGAUGGUAGCCGCGUUGGAUCAAUGUCAAUGCAUCAUGGCCAUCUGUGUGUCAUCUGAGUGUGCUAUGAUGAACAGAGGGCUCUAAUUUACAGCACCGCUGAUUGGCACACCAUGCUUGGUAAAUACCAGGUAUAAUUGUCCUUUGCUCAAGAAACCCAACUUGAAGGUCUGAAUACUUAAUGUGUCUUCUCUGCCCCCAAAGGUUCACUGUAUGUCAAAGGCAUAAAGUGAUAUCGCAAACCCACAGCUGUGAGUCAUGUGCACUGAAUCCAAAUACAUUUAUGACCAACCUCAAGUGUGAAAAUGCUGAGUGACCAUUCACGAUUCAUUAGAAAGAAAAAAAAUGGAGCAAGGAGGAGAAAGAAACUUACACUUGCUUCAACACUAAUGAAAUACUGCAGCAAUGAGCCCCUAAAUAGGAGCUGGGUGGGUGACCACCAUUUUAAUCUCUGCUGAAUGCCCUAGGAUCCUUUUCAAACUCGUCCUGGGCCCCCCAGCUCAAAAGAAAAAGGAAAGAGUGAAAGGAGGAGUGGCAGGAGCUGCAGCGGUGUAGAGAAACACAAUAGGUUGAUUGUCAGUGAUCCAUAGUGUAUGGCAUGGAUCCAAGUUUGUUAUAGCUCCACAGCAGUACAGGCAAGGUGAGAGAGACUUAAACCUAUGCAGUGCGACAGAGAGACAUGCACUACAGCUUAAGACACGAGGGGAGGAGAGACACACAAUUGAUGAGCAGAGGAAGGCGGAUGCAGAAAGAGAGAGAGUACUACUCAAACAGCAGCUGAAUAUCCUCUGGGGUUGGCAAAUGUGUGUGAGAGAGAGUGAUAGAGAAAGAGAGAGAGGUAGAAGAGGAGGGGGAGUGUUGCAUGCUGUGCCAGUCAGCGUAAAAUGAGUAAAGCGAGAGUGUUGUAUGGGUAGUGGCGGGUUUUUCCCCCUUUUCUCUUCCUCACACUCACUCAAUCUGAUGGUGGACUAAUACAUCUUUAUGCGCACAUCUCUCAGGGGAUCGAUCACCCGUCACAAUGGUGUUCAUCUCGACCACUCUUAAAUCUGUCAUUAAGUACUUCAAAAAGAAGGCGGUGUCCAGUCUAGAUGAGGAGAGCAAGUGGUCUGUGCACUACAAAGCCCCCUUGCACCAACAGGAGAAUGUCUUUGUGCCAGGAUCCAGACCAGCCUGCGUUGAGGACCUUCACCGUCAGGCCAAAGUCAACCUGAAAACAGUCCUCAGAGAGUGUGACAAGCUCAGGAAAGAUGGAUUCCGCAGUUCCCAGUACUACUCCCAAAGCCCUGGCUUCUCUGCAACCAGCCUUUGUGAAAAUGUGCACCUGGAUGAGGAGAAGACAGAAAAGAAAAAGAAGGCUUCGGAGUCACCUGAUGAAGAGGAGAAGCUUGUGUACUCGAUGCCGCCUCAGACCCCUCUGCUGGAACAUGACAUGGACAUCCAGAGAAGCUGGACCGGCUGUUUGCCUUUGCCCACUCCUGAGGAGAAGAUGAAACUACAGGCCCAGUCCGUAGCCACUGAUAUCAUUCCCAUCAACAUUACAGGUGAGAACUUUGACCGUCAGGCCAGUUUCCGUCGCUCUGCAGCAAACACUGAUACCAUAAUACGAAGACCCAAGAGGGUGCAAAGAAGAAAGACAAUAACAGGAGUUCCUGACAACAUCCAGACUGAACUAGCAAAUAAAGAACAAGAUGACAGAAUUCACUCAAUGUGUAUGGCAGAUCAGUACUCCACCCUCAGUCGAGUGGGAAGCGUAAACUCCACCCUAAGACGCUCAGACACCCGUGACUCCAGCUGCCAAACAGAAGAGGUGAAGAUUGUUCCUCCCUCAGUACGCAGAAUCAGAGCACAGAGAGGCCAUGGAAUUGCCACCCAAAUGACCAGCGUCUCCUCCUCAAGCAGCAUUUCCACCAUGAGUGACUGUAAUGGUAUUAGUUACACUCAGCUUAAUGACAGUGAUCAAAGCUUUCACAGUUUGCCACGCCAAGGUUCUCACAUCUCGCAUCAACACUGUGAACCAAAGUACACCAGCUCCCCCUACAGGAUAAAUUCUAGCUCUACAAGCUCCUUGUCCUACCAGUUUGACAUGCAGCAUGGUUCCUCAUCGAUGCUGCAUAUGCCCUCCGAUUCCAGAAGCAGUACAUUAAACAGCCCCAAACUUGCUGAAAAUCCAAAUUACCAAGGCUCUGAUCAAAAUAAUAGCCCAAGCUUGUUCAGUCUCAGUGGUCCACUACAGAACUCCAUUCUUUACGGACACAAAAGAACAGAAGAUAACCAGAUGCAAUCACCUCAUUCUUCAGCCCAGUUAUUUAGUACUGCUGAUGCCUCAAUGUCGGCUGUCUCCUCCUGCUACGAAUCCACAACCUCCCUCUGUACAGGCAUCCAUACAGAGACUGAAUCCCAGUGCAGCACACUUGAUGGCAGAAACUGUGGCAGUCGUAACUGUGUCCGCAGGGAUUCCAACUUCUCGGAGAGCAGCAAUCAAAGCUGCAGCACUCUAACCACUGACCAGUGGACGUAUGAUGUUUCUCCAAAGGACAAUGUCACCUCAAGUUGCUCCUUACCUGUCAGCCAUGUAUACAACAGUGAGGAACAUUCUUCCAGCAAGAUGGACUCAAGCUCAUUGUUCUCUGCUGACAAUGAAGGCUACUACACACCCAUGUGCCGCCUGGACUCCAGUUUGAAGUCGCAUAGUUAUGGCUCCAUCAAUAAACCGGGAGAUGCAAGGCACAAUUUGUAUGAGUGCAAGGACCAUCACAGUCAAGCGGAUCGUACAAGUCUGCACAGCAACCGCUCCCUGACUCGCAGCAUUUCCCUGCGGAAAGCCAAAAAGCCCCCACUCCCUCCAGCAAGGACUGAUUCCUUAAGGCGCAAACCUCAGAGGAAGACUCACCACAAUGGUUCGGUCCUUAGUGAGCAGUUGAUCUCCAGUCUCCAGCAAUCGUUAGAGCUUAACCUAAAAACUUGCUCUGAACAGGCACCCUGCAGUGGGUUUGAAGACCCUUGGGUACUCCGACCCAGAAGCCAGAGCACCAUAAGUGCAGCCAGCAGUGGAAUGUCUGCACCAGCUGCUGUUUGUCCGGUCACACCUACACACAGUGAUAGCAGCAGUCAGCGCUCAGACUAUGCAGAGUCCUGGGACUUCUACAUGGAUUACCAAGGUCCAAGGUCUGACCAGGGUCUCUCCUCCCAAAUCACAAGAUCUGCAAGCGCUGAGGAGAAUCAGGUAAUCAUGGGCAAUGCACCCUACAACAUCGGAUUCCCAUCGUCCCACUGCAACAAUAGUGGGAUGCAGUCAAAAUUGGCCUCAUCACCUGACAAGGUUCAUCGCCUGACGUCACCAUCAAGUGGUUAUUCAAGUCAAUCCAACACUCCGACUGCAGGCACCCCAGUUACUUCUCUCAUAAGAGCAAAAUCUCCUGCAGGGAGGCUGAAACCAAAAGUGCCUGAAAGAAAGUCCUCCCUGCGGUCUUCUGUGUCUUCCUCCUCUACAUCCUUGUCCUCGAACACCUCAGAUUCCAUCAGAAACAUACCGCUACCUCCACCUCUACCUGACAUGACCAUUACAUCAUGUGAAUCACCCAGCCCCGCUUCUUGCUCUCUAUCAGCAGCUAUGGUAGACUCAACCCUACCUCUUCCUUUUCUACCUGACUUAUCCUCUGACUUGAAAGAGAGACAUAAUUCACUUUCAGAUUCAUCCACAACAUCUGAAAAGUGUGACACUACUGAUUUCCCCCCUCCCUCACCAAAGGUUUCUGAAUCUCUGUCAAGCAAUGAAGGUACAAAUAGUCCUCCACCUCCUUCACUUCUUCCACCUAAACCUUCACUGUGCAUUGUAUCUCCCCCUCCUCCUCCUCCACCUCUACCACCAUUACUUGAGAUGAGUCUUCAAACAGCAGCCAUUUUGAAAACAGAGAGUCUAACAUUUAAGAAGGAUGUGGAAAUUGAAAAAGCACUUAACAUCAACCACACUGGAGAGCAAGAGAAGACUCGGAGACCAAUAAUCACUGCCCAAGCUCUUCAGAUGGUGCAGCUAAGACCUGUCAAGCUCAAGCAAAUAGAAGAUAUUUUAACAGCAGUCAGUUUUGAUGAUUUUGAUGACCAAGCACAUAACCAUUCAGAAACAAACUUAGGUAAGUCCCUGGAAAGUGAGACGACCAAACAAACAUUGACUGCCAUCUGUGUUAGUCAGUCAGAAAAUUGUAUGGCUACAUCUGAACAUGAAUAUUUAGUUAACAAAUUUCUACAAGAUUUCCCUGAGGCAUCAACUGGUUCUUUACCUCCUGGCCCAGAUGAACAUGUCAGCAAUACUGGGCAGAAUGUUUCAGUGCACCUUUCUGAAACAUCUCUAGUUUUAUCUUCCCAUGAGCUUCUGCAAUGCACAAACUCCUCAGCUUCUUCUCAAAGUUUUCAGCUGAAACAGAAGCCUCCUAUAUCACCUAAGAAACCCGGUCUUUCCCUUAUUAUACCACCCAUUAUGCACCUACCUGUCUCUCAUGGACUCAGGCUUGAACAGGUUCAUGAAGCACAAGAAAUACUUGAGUCAGGGCAACUGGAUGGCACAUCCUCGACAAAUGCAGUUAAUUUGCAAGCAAUUAAUUUGGACCUAGAGGUUGAGGAAGAGAGUGACUCAGACUCUUCAACCCCUGUGGUCAAAAGCAGACUGUCUCUCAGCAGUGAGUUGUCAUCAAGCAGUCUGCAAGCCCUGCAACUCUCUGAUCUCAUUCUUCAUGAGCAUGACCUCGGCCUGAGUGAUAAGGACUUUGGGCUCUGUGAUGAUAAAAGUACAUCAGAUGAUGGUUCAAGCAGCAGCUCGGGAUCCAUCAGCUUUAAAGAGGACGAACAUGAGGAAAAUGGUGCCGUGUUUGACUCGAGCACUGAAAGCGCAUCUAGCAUUAACACUAACGGAGAGGCUGUGGGGGAGAUGGUGACGCCUGUUCGUCCCCGUACUACAGAGGACCUCUUUGCUGCCAUUCAUAGGUCAAAGAGGAAGGUACUGGGCCGUGGCGACUCUGAAGAGGAACGCUGCCGUAACUUCCUCCCUUCCCCACCUGUCACUCCAACAGGGUCUAGCCCCAGCCUUACUUCAUUGCCACGUCAGACCGGCUCCAUUCAGCGCAACCUGCGACGCUCAUCCACGAGCAAUGACAGUUUUAAAGCUCUGCUUCUCAAGAAGGGCAGCCGCUCAGAGUCCGGCUUCCGCAUGUCAGCCACUGAGAUUCUCAAAUGCACAGACCCCCGUUUUCAGAGGGCUAAUUCAGAGCAUACACAAUCUGACGGACUGUGCACCUCUCCGACAAGCAGCAGGAGAGCACAUGAAGAGUGGGCACGUACAGAGGGAGCCUUGCCCCGUCUUACCGCUGGACUAACAACCUUAAAAUAUGGGCGUUCACGCACACCACCUUCUGCAGCCAGCAGCCGGUACAACAGCCGUAGCCGCAUUCCCAGUGGGCCAAUGACUGCCAUCUGCGAAAAAGAAGGAGAGAUGGCCGAGUCUACAGACUGCUGCAUUCGUGCUGAGAGUCAUUUUGCCCUGCCCAUAUCCUCCAGCAGCACAGUCUGUGCUCAAGGCAGCACUUAGGCCAGUCAACUCAACCCUAACGGCUUGUAAAAGAUAGCCUUCCAUUCAAUAUGAAGACUGCAGAGGUCUAAACUCUGGCUGGAAGGCCAUGCUUGUGCUGGCCAAUAGCAGUCCCCAAGGAAUAAGAGAGACGAGGGAAUGGGGGAAGUACUGUAAACUGUAGUUUUGCUCUUUUACGUGAGUGAAAGCUUUAUCUUUCAUAAAACAUUAGUGUUCUAAAAAAUAUUGAAAAUAUUGAAAAUAACAGAGGGUUACUGGUUUGUUGAAUCGAAUGUUCUUAGCAUGCUGUAUGCAGGUUAAUAAGGAAAUGUAUGUUUCCUUCUUGAUGGUAAGUUGAGGGAUGAAUGAAUGGAAGCAGAAUGUUACUGAGGGAUUUUGUUUCGAAUGGUCCAUGCUGAUGUGUUUCUGCCUCUGUGACAAUGCAAGCACCAGACCAAAGUGAGUACUUAAAGUCUGAAUUCACAGAUCCCACAUCCAGAUCACAUUUGUGCAAGAGGUGGCGUAAUGAAGUAUUGGCAUUAUCAAGCAUGAUAAGUUUGAAGGGUGGCACAUGACUGUUAUGGUGAAGUUGCUAAAGAAUGAGUGUUGUGAUGAAACUGAAUUUUAAGAAGUGUUUAGAGAAUGAUUUAAAAUAUGUAUAUUUUACGCACCUUUACAUUCUUCAUUUAUUUUCAGUUGUGUCCAACGAUCUUCAGUUAGAGCAAUGAGAGAGAUGGGACUCAAAACAGAAAGUUAUUCAGUUAGUGCAAGCCAAUUCAAACUAACUAAAUAGAAUUGUAUCUGUUUACAUUUAGACAAUAAUAAUAGUAUGCUAUACUUUAACAGUGUAAAUAAUCCAGCCUUUACAAACCAUUGUUUCAUUUAUAGAAACUAAGUGUCUGUUUAGGUCUCUUUAUUCUUCAAAAGUUGAGAAAUUCCUUGCCUUUGUCUGUCUCACAUUUGCCCGAAAUGUCAAUUUGUACAUUUUUAUAUUUCCAAAGGGAGGUACUGUUUAGUCUAUUUACUAGUACUGAACACCAGCAGAAUGGUCGUAGAGAAAUGGUAAAAGGCCUUGUGAGAUGCAAGUGUUUCUGUGAAAGAAAUAAAAUGUGGCAUUUAUCAUAAACAA